UUCAACAUGUUGAGUCCUCCUCACUUUUUCCUCAGUCCUCGAGCUUCUCACGCAUUCUCCAGAGCUUUCCGGCCCGGCGCCGAGCCUCAAAAAACAAAGGGCUUCGUGGUGGUUUCCCAGCUUUGACUAUAUCAACUGAGGCAGCAGAAGGAGGGACGGCCCACUUCAGCUCUGAGGGACAGAGCGAGGGCUCAACGCGAGAGUCCUGAGGGCUGAGGGGAGGAUGGCUGCAAUCAAGGCGCUGCAGCAGUGGUGCAAAAUCCAGUGCGACGGAUACCGAGAUGUGACUAUCGUGAACAUGACCAGUUCUUUCAGAGAUGGGCUGGCCUUCUGCGCUCUCAUCCACAAGUUUAGACCGGACCUCAUAAACUUUGAGGCCCUCAGCAAACACAAUGUGUACGACAACAACCACUUGGCGUUCCGUGUGGCGGAGGACCAUCUAGGGAUUCCAGCUCUUCUGGAUGCUGAGGACAUGGUGGCACUGCCUGUCCCAGACAGACUCAGCAUUCUUACUUACGUCUCCCAGUACUAUAACUACUUCAGUGGCCGCUCACCCACAGGAGGAGUCGGAGGUGUCAAACGGCCAGCAGAGGGCUCUAAGGAGGAGCCAUCAGAGAAGAAGAAUCUUCCUGUUGUUGCUAAAACCUACAACCCAAAAGCGCUUCUGGAGAACUGGCCACUCUCUUCUGCUACUACCUCAAAAACUGCCAGGGAGAACUGUCCACCACUUCAAAACAGUGGAACAGCGCAACAUGUCUCAACCUCACUAACACAGAAACUUGCUAUUGAAAAACCUCCCCAGUCCAUGCAUGUCCAAAUACGCUCUCCAGCCAGUGUGUCCCCAUCCAGAGUGAAAGCCUCUCCAAAGUCAGACAGGGCUUCUGAGAAGAAGACUGUUUUGGUAGAAACCUCCAAUAAAACUGGCACCUUGAACAGUAAAUGCACGGUAUGCAAGAGUCAUGUUCACCUGGUCCAGAGACACCUAGUGGAUGGGAAACUGUACCAUAGGAGCUGCUUCAAGUGUUGUAAGUGUUCAGCUCCUCUACAGUCUGGGGCCUAUAAUUCAGGCCAUGAGCCAGGCACCCUGCUCUGCUCUUCUCAUCGCUGCGCACAGAAUGGCCUUAGGUCUUCGCCUAAACCUUUGGGCUCAGAUCCUGCUAUGGUAGCACCCAGAUCUGAAAAUGGAAGUGGGCCAUCUCCUCCACGGCAUGUUUCUGUACUGUCCAGCACCAUUAAGUCUAUGCCCAGAGCAGCGGAGCCCAGCCCAGCCCCUCAGCCAUGGACAGCCUCCGCACAGAGGACCCAGGCAGCCAGGCAGAAAUUCUUCCUGUCUUCAGACCCAGCUCCGCAGCCUUCAGCCAGCGUUAAGCGCCCCUCUGAGCCUCCUGUUGCCCAGAACGGUGUCAGCCUGAAGUCUGAAGAAGAGAAGGAGCGGGCCCGAGCCUUGAUCACGAAGAAAUUAGCUGAAGGAAAUUGCAACAAUAACAACAGGGCAUAUAGCUGUGGUCUUAAAGCAGACGACAGAUCGGGAAGCAGACGCUCAUCUGAUGAAGUCCCCAGCUCGAAGCAGGAGAGGCCUGGCUCAGCUGCAGGAGAACGAAGAACCAGCCAGUUUUUACCCUCCUCCACCACUACCACUCCCAACAGCAGAGAGUCCCUCUGGCAGAAUGCCAUCAGGAAGGAGCACACUAGACUUCCCUCUGCUCCCCUUUCCAUCGCCAAAGCCAAAGGCGUAGGGAGCUGUGAAGAGCCAGCUGACUGGCAGUCAAAGCUGAAUGUGUCUCCAAAUGGACCAGGACUAAAAAUUUGCAGUGUUACUGAGGUAAAAGGUGUGACUCCUGAGAAAACCAAGGUCAAUACCAACUUCAACAACCAGCUGAAUUAUCAGGACAUUCCUGCUACGUCCUGCUUCCACGCUCCGAACACUACUCGUUCUGUAGUUGACCGUUCCAUUCCCAAAUCUCUGGUCACAGAUCAACCACAUCAUGGCCCUGCUGGCUGGGGCCUUCAGAAUGAGAUUGGUACACCAGCUUUCUCUCCUAGUGGUAGAACUUGGUCGGUGAACUCCUCCUUUGUCAAGCCACCCAGCCCCACACUUUUUCCUCCAGAAGAGAUUUGCCUGGGGUCUACUGGUAAUAGAUCUAGAAAUUCCAACCCAAGAAGAUCUGACUCUCCAUCCCACCAGCCAGCACUGGAUGGCGAUCUCUCAUUGAGUGAAUCAUCCAAACCCAGAGCACCUGCUCCUAAACAGUCAAGACAUUGUGUUCCUGCAGAGUUUGGUUCUGAAAAUGGAAAUGUGAUGUUGAAAAACACUUUAACGUCUGAAACCGUAUCACCCCCGAUCAAGUCUCAUCAUAUCCCGAUGGAACAGAUCACUAAGGAGCUGCAGGAAAUUGAGGACAGCCUGAGUGAUUUGGAGAAGGAAGGAGUAGAUCUGGAGAGGAGACUCCGCAGCUAUGAGGAAGAGGGGAGUGGGGACAUUCUGAUGGAUCCAUUGAUGGUGGACUGGUUUAACCUGAUUCGAAAGAAGCAAAGUUACAUACGGAGAGAAUCUGAGCUCAUGUAUAUAGUUAAAACUCAAGAUUUAGAGGAGCAGCAACCAGGAGUGGAGGGAGAGCUCAGGAGACUGAUAAAUAAACCAGAGCAUCUAAAGAGCACGGCUGAAAGGAAGAGGGAAUCUUAUCUGAUGAACCGGUUGGUAGAGAUUGUGAAUGACAGGAACGCCAUUGUAGAGGGACUGGAAGAAGACAGACUGAGGGAGGUGGAAGAAGAUCAGCAGCUGAAUGAAUUGAUGCAAAGACUUGGUCUAAAAAAACUAAAAAGCAAGAGAACAUCAUCUUUCUCAAAGUUAUUCAGACGAAGAAGCAAAAAAGCGUUGGUGGAGGGGUGAUCUUCCGGAUAACAGAAGUUCGGAGGUUCUGGCUUUAAGCUGUUGACUAGCUGUCAGUCUCUGCAUGUACAGCCACGUGACAUGGAAGAGAGGUAGGCCUGAAGUCACUGCUCAGAAGUUUGGUGGGUCAGCUUUCCGUGACCUUCAUCACAGACCAGUCACAGAACACUCAGCGUCAUGACCGGGGUCUCUGGAACACAAUGUUUAGGUUAGGUUUAAGAAUUAAAAAAAAAAAA